GUUAGGGUUUCGACUCUCGAAACGUGUAUCUGGAUCCAACAUCCAUCUUCGCCACGAAUUUGUUUUCCGCUAAUUCCUGCAAAACUUUUAUCUGAAAGCAAUGGAUGAGAGCAAGCAAAAAGAAAGAGAUAGGGAAAACAAGAAGAGGGAACGCGAGAGAGAAGAGAAGCAGCACGGCAGGAGAGACGACAAUGAUGAAAAGAACCCUAGAAUGAUUCCGAUAAGAAAGGAAAAUAACCUGACCCGUGAAGACGCCGAGUUAAAGGAUGAGGAGGAGCAGCGGAGAUUGGGCGAGGAGAUACAAAAGCGGAGGAGGAGAGCGCAGGAGUUGCUGGAAUACUUCAUGAGAAAAAAUGAAGAAGCUAAAUUGGCCAUGAAUUGUGGUUAUGGAGUUGAGGAGCUGGAGAUAAAUGAUUUCCCCCAGAAUGCUCGAUGGAGGCUUACCCGGAAGGAAACUUUGGCCCCGAUUUCGGAGUGGACUGGAGCUGCUAUUAGUACCAGGGGCCAGUAUUUCGCACCUGGUCGGAUCCCAGGACCUGGAGAACGCAAGCUUUACUUGUUCAUUGAAGGCCCUAAUGAACAAUCUGUUAAGAGAGCUAAGUCAGAAUUAAAACGAGUUUUGGAAGACAUCAUGAAGCAGGCAUUACAAAAUGAAUCCCAUUCAGGUAGAUACCAAGUCUUAUAAGUGGAAGAAUUUGAUUUCAAUUCAUACCUGCAGCUAUUAUCGGCAUAACAUUAUUACCUGCUAAUUCUGUUGGAUUUCAGUUGA